AUGGCGGCCUGGAAUCGGUCGAGGGACGUGAAUAGCGACCCUGAGCACUCGGGCCGCACUUCGCGUCCUCCUCUGCCUCGGCCUGAUAACGGGGACAAUGUCUGCCCAGUCCCAUUAUGGGAAAGAGAAUUCUGCCGCAACGCUUACGACAUUCCUUGGGAGAUCUUCUGCGAUAACAAGCGAUUUAUUGAAAUAUUAUUCAAAAACGUCAUGGACUGGGAUGAUUCAGGAGCGCUCAAGAAUUUCGAGGACGCAAAGGAAAGGUUCAGGGCAAAAUAUUUUGGCAAACCUUAUGAGGAUCCUGUGCUAGACCCUGAUAUAUACAUCGAUGAGGUCGAUAACCACUGCAAAGUUGACCCGGAGUUGGUUGCUGGCCUAGAUAAGAUAGCUGGCCUGGACUUGGUAGCCGACCUGGGUUUGGGAGGCAUGGGCAACAUGACACCCAUGGAUUGGGGAGCACCUAUUGGCAAUCUGAUACCCACGGGAUGGGGACAACCGGUUCCUAAUCUGAAACCCACUGGAUGGGGGGAUCCAGCCAAUCCGACACCUGACACUGCUUGGGGUGGACAGGGAAAUCAAAGACCAGAGGCGGUCCGGGGAGCCCAGCCUUCCUGCACACCAAACAACAGUAACAUUAACUUGCAUGGAGGUAGACCAUCCAACAAUUUGCACCAGCAGGGGGUGGAUCCAGGCCACCCGUCAUCUGGAACUGCAAGGAUGCUGCCCGGCGGUGGCAGGAUAUGGAUCAGUGGCGUCAUCGGUGGCGGCGGUGGUGCUGGCAGGAAUUGGAACGGUGGCGGUGGCGGUGGUGGCCGUGGCAGCAAUUGGAAUAGCGGCGGCCGCGGCAAUCAGAUGAACCAGGCCGGGGGGCAAAACCAGCAGAGGAACCGUGGCAGCAUGCAGAGGAACCAGAACGUGUGGCAUCACCAGAUGAGGAGCAUCGGCCGGCAGCAGCAGGGUCAGAGGGGAAGGAAGAUGGAGUGGCGUCCGGUUCAGCACAACAGGGCUCCCAAAGAUGAUCCUGCCGCUUGA